AAGAACUACCUGUUUUUCCUAUAUUUUUCUGAAUUGUAACAGUAUUUAUAAGGAUGUAAUAGCGAAUAUUACGUCUGUAUAAAAUAGAUGGACUGAGGGUCGCAGCACGGACCCAAAGAAGCAGUUAGGUAACAAUGCCACUCGCUCCUGCAAACCAAUCCCAGUUGGUUCGGUCCAGUCAGAAGGAUGAAUAUUAUCAAACCUUCCUGAGAAACAAAACCAACGAAGCUGUUCAAACUAUUGCUGGAUCCAAAAGAUGGCUGGACUGGAGGAAAGAGAUAGAGAUGCUGUCAGACCUGACAUACUAUGGUUUAACAACAUUCUCAGGUUACCAAACCCUGGGUGAGGAGUAUGUCAGCAUCGUCCAGGUCGAUCCCACUAAGCGACAGAUCCCUUCCCGUGCCAGACGGGGCCUCUUUGUCCUCUGCCAUGCCUUCUUGCCUUAUCUCCUGGACAAGGUCCUGGUGUGUCUGGAGCAUGAGCUGGAGGGUAGACAGGAAAGCCUCAGCGGUGUAAGGCAACAGAUGGCACUGGGGCCGUGGAGCCUAGAGUCAUGGCUCAGGAGGUGGAUGCAGAGAGCACUGAGGUUGUUGUCCGAAUCCCAGAGCAGAGCAUGCCUGCCGGUCGUGUUUGUCCUCCGACAGGGUUUGACUCUCCUGCAUCGAUUCCAUGUGGCUCUGUUCUACAUCAGUGGCUCUUUUUAUCACCUCUCCAAGAGGCUGGCUGGGAUCAGCUAUCUGCGUGUGAUGGGGCAGAACAGUGAAGACAGGACCAUCAGGAGCAGCUACAGACUGCUGGGGGCCGUGUCCCUGGUUCAGCUGCUCAUCACUCUGUGUCUGCAGCUCAACAACUUCAGGCAGAAACAGAGAGCCAGGCAGGAGUGGAAGCUCUACAGGAACCUCAGUUCUCAGCACACUCAGAGUUCGAGCCCCAGAGCCGGCCGCUGUAUCCUGUGUCUGGAGGAGAGGAGGCACUCCACCUCCACCCCCUGCGGACACCUCUUCUGCUGGGAGUGCAUCACAGAGUGGUGCAACACCAAGGCCGAGUGUCCCCUGUGUCGGGAGAAGUUCCAGCCUCACAGACUGGUGUACCUGAGGAACUACAGCUAAAGCUACAGAGCCAGAUAGCACACAAGUACAAAGGUGCACUGCUUGUGGACUGUACUGCUGUCUUGUGCAGGCAGGCUGCCCCACAGGAGUGUCUGAAGACAUGAACGGUGUUUUCCAGAAGUCACACAGAGCUUUGUGCCAACACACUGACUUGUAUAAUCUUUUCUUGAAUUAAUUUUUUGAGUGACAAUUA